ACUCUCUGCUUAAAUCUGGAGGAGCAACUGCCUCUGUUUGAUCUGGAAACAAGCGCUGCGACAAAAACAAAGGCCAAUACAAAAGACCGCAUACCCAAACACAGCGGGCGCAUACGCCAUUUGCGACUCACACAUACUUAUCGCAACAAUAAACAAAGCUCCUCGGAACCCUCGGUCGUCGACCAGAGAAGAGGCAGACUCGAAAUGGAUGCCUCCGGCGCCGCCAGCAUGGCAGUCCUCUCCAGCCUGCUCGUGUUCUUGGCCCUCUCGUCCAGUCUGUGCUCAGCCGGCACCCUCAACGCCCGUCCUGCGUUCCCCGUACAAUCCGGCCAAAUUCAGCCCAGCGGCCAGAACAGCAAGCAGACAGCCAGACGCGUGAUGCAUCCCUCCUUCGCCAACGCCGGCCGUACUCCCGGCCUGGAAAUCUGGCGCAUCGAGAAUUUUGAGCCCGUUGCAUAUCCCAAAAAUAACUACGGCAAAUUUUACACUGGGGAUUCGUUUAUCGUUCUUAAUACAAUUGAAAACAAGAAAGACAAAAAACUUUCCUGGGAUGUGCACUUCUGGCUGGGAUCGGAGACCUCGACCGAUGAGGCCGGAGCUGCAGCUAUUCUCACCGUCCAGUUGGAUGACUUGUUGAAUGGUGGCCCUGUUCAACAUCGCGAGGUGCAGGACCACGAGUCCCAGCUGUUUCUGGGCUAUUUCAAAAACGGUAUUCGCUAUGAACAGGGCGGCGUCGGAACUGGCUUCAAGCAUGUGGAGACAAACGCCCAAGGAGAGAAACGACUAUUCCAGGUCAAGGGCAAGCGUAACGUGCGCGUCCGACAGGUGAAUCUUUCCGUGUCGUCGAUGAACACGGGCGAUUGCUUCAUUUUGGAUGCCGGCAGCGAUAUAUAUGUCUACGUAGGCUCCCAGGCCAAGCGCGUUGAGAAGCUGAAGGCUAUCAGCGCUGCGAACCAGAUCAGGGACCAGGAUCAUAACGGACGAGCCCGUGUUCAGAUCAUCGACGACUUCAGCACUGAUGCCGACAAGCAGCACUUCUUCGACGUGCUGGGAUCGGGUUCUGCUGACCAGGUGCCCGAUGAGUCAACUGCCGACGAAGAUAGUGCGUUCGAGAGGACGGAUGCCGCAGCGGUUUCUCUCUACAAGGUCAGCGACGCCAGCGGCAAGCUGAAGGUGGACAUCAUUGGACAAAAACCACUCACUCAGGCUAUGCUCGACACUCGCGAGUGCUUUAUCUUGGAUACAGGAUCUGGCAUUUUUGUAUGGGUCGGAAAGGGCGCCACUCAGAAGGAGAAGACGGACGCCAUGGCCAAGGCGCAGGAGUUCCUACGCACCAAGAAGUACCCGGCCUGGACCCAAAUCCACCGCAUUGUAGAGGGCUCCGAGUCCGCACCGUUUAAGCAGUACUUUGACACCUGGCGUGAUGCCGGAAUGGCCCAUAGUCGCCUUAUUCGCUCGGCUCUGGGUAUCGGCUCCGAUGAAUUGUUAAAUGAGGACGAAAUCGACUCCGUUGUGACUCAGCUAAAGAAGAGCGGUGGUCGCGCCUUUGGCUUCAUGCCGGAUCACGGUCAGAACGGUAUUGAAAUCAUCACACAGUACGUUGCAAAGCCUGGUUCCGAUGAGAUCGUGGUCAGCACCGUUCCCUUCGAUGAGAAACUGCCUCUUUUGGGAUUUGCCUCUUAUGUGCUCACUUACAACUACGAGGCUAACAACGGGGACACUGGUUCCGUAACCUAUGUGUGGCAUGGAGUAAAUGCCUCUGCUGCCGCCAAGAAACGUGCCUUUGAGGAGGGUCUAGUAGGCUCCAAGGAUGGUCUUCUUGUGCAGACCAAUCAGGGCCACGAGCCGCGCCACUUCUACAAGAUAUUUAAGGGAAAGUUAUUAACAUCCUUUACUGCACUUCCGGUGACGGCGCAGCUCUUCCGCAUUCGCGGCACCGUUGAAAGCGAUGUUCAUGCUAGUGAGGUGGCCGCCGACAGCUCAUCCUUGGCCUCAAGUGAUGCCUUCGUCCUUCUUUCGGGAAAGUCCCACAAAAUCUACAUUUGGAAUGGCUUGGGCGCAUCUGCCUUCGAAAAACAAGCAGCGGUAGAUCGCUUUUCCGACUACUGGGAUGACGUUGAGCUCGAGCAGGUGGAGGAGGGCGCCGAGCCAGAUGAGUUCUGGGAGGAAUUAAACGGCGAAGGCCAGUACGACCGCAGCUUGGGUGACGAUGGAGCUCCACUGCUGGAGUCGCGCCUUUUCCACUGUCUUCUGAGAUCUGGUGGACUUUUGAAGGUUGAGGAAGUGGCUCAAUACGAGCAAGAGGACUUGGACUCGGACGACAUAAUGCUACUGGAUGCUGGCGACGAGAUCUACCUUUGGGUUGGCUAUGGCGUGUCUGAGGAGGAAAAUGCGAAGCUUCUGGACAUGGCAAAGCUUUACAUUCAUUUAGAGCCUACCGCCCGCUCCUUCGACACGGUGAGCAUCAUCCGCGUCCCCCAGGGCAAGGAACCAAGGGUUUUCAAACGCAUGUUCCCCAACUGGGACGACAAUUAUUGGCAGAACCAGCCCAGCUAUGAAGACAUGAAGCAACUUGUUAUUGAUGCCAACAAUGAAGUCUAAAACCAAUGAUUCAAUUCUCAGCAAAAUUAACCAAAAAUAUGUUUGUUUUUUGUUUUUUGCCUUUCUAACACCUAUGUAUAUCUAAUGUAACUUAAAAAUAAAUGUCAAUAUAGCCACUGUUAAGCA